AAACGAUAUUUGAACAUACACUUUCCCUCGCAACAGUCACCUCACUCACCUAUCUAGGGUUUCUCGAAUCGCCAUUGAAAAUGGAACACAAAUCGUGUGAGGAUUCAUCAAAAAUCGCUUCGGAUUUCAAGUGCGAGAAGGCUCUUCAAGUAGUUGACGAAUCCAUUGCGUGUCCCACGCCGCAGAAGAACUCUGAACCCUUAACCAUCGCAUCCAGAGAGGGACAAACUGAGAUUCCACAAAAACACUGGACGCUUGCGGAGUUGUUUAGUCACAUGAGUUGUUCACUCAGAUUGCUGCGUCUGCGUAAAAAGCCUCCAACUUUUCAAAAUGUUUCCAGACAAGUUGAAAUUCUUUCGAAGAGGAAAAUUUCCUAUGUCCAUCUUGCACAGAUGAAGCACAUACUCCCUGAUGGUAUAUGUAUAGACAAGAUUCUUGUUCAUGAUAAGAAGACCUUGUGUAUGGUGCCUGAUCUGAACAUCAUCUUGAGAUAUGAAGUUGUGGAAGAUCACUCUGGUGAAUCUGCUGAUCUGGCUCUUCGGCGAUAUUUUAAUUCUAGUCUUGUUAAUUUCCUUGUUCUUCAUCCCGAGGUUGCUGAUAUUCCAGAAGCCCAACUGCCAGAACCCUUUAACCGAAAAGCUCGUGGUUUGAGUUGCGAAGAUUCUCAUGUUAAAGACUUUUCAUGCCAAUCUUUACGUGUAAAUUCUUCGACAAAACUUUUGUCAACUUCCAAUCAAAUUGAAAUGUCGGGGAAUUUCGAAGUGUAUCCAUUAUUUAGGAGGCGGUUUUCUCGGAAGAAUAUUGCUGACCAAACAGAAAGGGUUGAGUUUUCAUCCACGAUAACUUCUUCAUCAUCUCAUGCGUCUGAUUGUUUGGAUAACCAAGAAAGUGAAAAGGCAUUGCAGACAGAAAGGGUUGAGUUUUCAUCCACAAUAACUUCUCCAUCAUCUCAUGCGUCUGAUUGUCUGGAUAACCAAGAAAGUGAGAAGGCAUUGCAGAAAGGAUGUGCACCAUUAGCUGAUGAUGUUGCUAGUCUCAAUAUGGAAACAGAGCACCAUAAGAAAUUAUUUUCGAUGUCUUCUCAACCUAGUGUUGUUAAUACCCCAGUACAUACUAUCGGCCCCCAUUCUGUUACUUGCAAUAAUUCUGAAACCCCAAAGGUGAAAAAUAUGCCCAGAUAUGAUAGUUUUAUGACAGAGACACCUGCCCAGUCGGCACCUGCAAGAUUAUUGCCCAUUUCUGAUGUUAAGCCCCGGAACAUGUCUACCCAGAAGUCAUCAUCGUAUCAUAAGCCAGCAAAAAGAGUGCUUGACUUUACACUCAUGGAAGGUAAUGAUGACUUGGACAUUAGUCUAGACAAGCUAGAAUCUAGCAGACUUCCGCAUGGCUUUCCUGAAUCUAUUAGAGCAUGCUCCGAUGAUUGCAAUUCUUCUGACUCUGUUCCUGUUCUUCAAGAGGCUCACACCCAAAAUCAAACCGGUCUAGAUACACAGCAUAAAAAACAUUCACAGUUGCUGGAUCUGGUUAAAGUGAUUCAUUCUAUAUUUCAAUCCGUCAACAGAAUCCCAAUCACAAAAGAGGAGCUCAUGCAGAAAAUACUUACCAACAGUUUGGAUUUUGUUGAUAUUAGAGAAGUUGAAGAACGGGUUGAGUCUCUGGAAAAGUUGGUGCCAGAUUGGAUCCGCAAAAAAUCGCUUCUUAUUGGAGAUAUGUACUGCAUCAAUGAAGACUUAGAGUUGGAUUCCGUUGAAUCAAGGAUUUCCAGCAAGGAGAUUGUUUGAGAAGGCUUCAAGGAUUUCCAGCAAGGAGAUUGUUUGAGAAGGCUUUUACCGACUGUUAGAAGAUACGAUGUUAUAAUUUUUUUUUUAUAAAAUUUUUACUCUCUUUAAUAAUGUAAUAGAGGAUGAAUUUUUCUUCAUUAUUAUAUUUGAACCAUAUAAAGUCACACAUUUUAAGAGUGAAAAAAAAUAGAAAAAUCAAACAAAUAUUCUCU